CCUGGGAAGGAGCAUCACAUAGUAGAUCAAGCUUAUAGGACAAUGAUUAUUCCAGUUCGUUGUUUCUCUUGUGGUAAAGUUGUUGGUGAUAAGUGGGAGCAAUACCUCGAUCUGUUGAACGAGGAUGCUACUGAAGCUGAGGCCCUUGACAAGCUCAAGUUGAAGAGAUACUGCUGUAGAAGAAUGCUUCUUACGCAUGUUGACUUGAUUGAGAAGUUCCUGCGUUAUAACCCACUUGAAAAGAAGGAUCCUACUUUGGACUAAUGUCUUGUAAGAGGAUAAAGGCAGAAGCACGCAACUGAGGGAGUAGACCGAUUAGGGUGAGGAUGGAAGAGGUGUCGUUCAGAACAGAUCAGGGUGCUCUG